AGAAGACUCACGUCAGGUUCGCGCAUCGCGCACACGAUUUCCAAGAUGCCGCCGUGGGCUCCAGAUGCCACGAUCGAGUUCACGGGCAGUCAGCUACUCCAUCUGAAUCAAACCAAUCAAGUUUAUGAAGAAUGGGAAGGCUUCGGCGACUCUGACGGCGAUUCUGAUUCCCACUCGAGUGAAAACCCCCCACCCCAGCCCGCCAGCAAAUCUAGUGAUCCAACAGGCGAUCCAGAAGACGACGAUCUCUUUGAUCCUAGAGAUGCGAUUCUCAACCCACCCUCCGGCGCCAUCCACCCCUCCACAACAAUCGAAGGCCUGCAAGAAUCAGUCAACAAGUGGGCGCUCAACCAUGGAUUCGCAGUGACCCGUGGGCAAGGGCGUGGCACCAAGCCCAGAGUCCCAGCCAAAGACUACACUCGAUACUACUUCUUUUGCGAUCGAUUUGGCAAGCCGCGCAAAUCCACCGCCACCAUAAUAACCAUUCGGAAGACAGCCUCGCGCAAGUGUGGUUGCAACUGGAAAGCAUUUGCAAAGAAGGACAAGGAGGGGGUUUGGCACUUCCGUUUACACGACAAAGCCGUCCAUCGUGUACACAACCAUGGCCAGACUCACCACCCUUCUGAACACACUCAACACCGCAGGCUGCAGCCAGAAGUUUUCGAAGCAAUUGACGAGGCUUCCAAGCUCAACGGUAUGCCUGCCCGUGAGGUUGACUCCGUCCUACGGAAAAGAUUUCCAGGCUCGGUACACACGAGGAGGGACAUCUACAAUGCGCGCGCGCGUAUCCGCCUUCGUAAUCUCAAUGGUUAG